GUCGUGACCAUGCCAGAGUACUUGAAGAAGAGGUUCGGAGGGCAGCGCAUCCGCAUCUAUCUCUCAGUGCUCUCACUCUUCCUCUAUGUCUUCACUAAGAUCUCAGCGGAUAUGUUCUCUGGAGCCAUCUUUAUUAACCAGGCUCUGGGGCUGAAUAUCUACCUAGCUGUGGUUCUCCUACUAAGUAUCACUGCUCUAUACACAGUCACAGGUGGAUUGGCUGCAGUGAUCUACACAGACACUUUGCAGACCAUCAUCAUGGUCGUGGGAUCUUUCAUCCUCAUGGGUUAUGCCUUCAAUCGGGUGGGAGGUUAUGAGAACUUCCAGGAGCGCUACAUGAUGGCCAUGCCUACUCAGACUGGGGUCAACAUCAGUAAGAGAUGCUACACCCCUAGGCCCGACUCCUUCCACAUCUUCAGGGACGCGGUGACAGGGGACCUGCCUUGGCCAGGCCUGGUGUUUGGUCUCACUGUCCAGGCCACCUGGUAUUGGUGCACUGAUCAGGUGAUUGUCCAGCGCUGUCUAUCUGCCAAAAGUCUGUCUCAUGUCAAGGCUGGCUGCAUCCUGUGUGGCUACCUGAAGCUGUUGCCCAUGUUCGUCAUGGUCUUCCCUGGCAUGAUCAGCCGAAUUCUCUACCCAGACGAGGUGGCGUGUGUGGACCCAGAUGAGUGCCAGACGUACUGUGGUGCCAGCGUGGGCUGCACCAACAUCGCCUAUCCCAAACUAGUGGUAGACCUCAUGCCAAAUGGUCUGCGAGGCCUGAUGCUGUCGGUGAUGAUGGCGUCUCUGAUGAGCUCCCUGACCUCCAUCUUCAACAGUGCCAGCACCCUGUUCACCAUGGACAUCUACACCAAGAUACGCAGCUCUGCCUCCGAGAAGGAACUCAUGAUCGCUGGGAGGGUAUUUAUCCUGGUUCUGAUCGGGGUGAGUAUAGCGUGGAUCCCUGUGGUUCAGUCUGCUCAGAGCGGCCAGCUCUUUGACUACAUCCAGUCCAUCACCAGCUACCUGACCCCGCCCAUCGCAGCCACCUUCAUGCUCGCCAUCUUCUGUAAGCGUGUCAACGAGCCGGGUGUGUUCUAUGGGCUUAUGAUAGGCCUGGCCAUUGGCCUAUCCAGGAUGAUCGCUGAGUUUGCCUAUGGGACGGGCAGCUGUGUGGCCCCUACUAACUGUCCUGAGAUCAUCUGUGGAGUCCACUACCUCUACUUCUCCAUCAUUCUGUUCUGCAUUUCGUGCUUGGUGAUACUCACCAUCUCCCUCAUGACCAAACCCAUUGAAGACAAACAUUUGUACCGGUUGUGCUGGAAGCUGAGGAACCACACAGAGGAGAGGUUGGAUCUGGAGAUAGAUGAUUGGACAGAUAACCAAGAAUCAGACUAUAUGGAUAUUGAAGGUAAGAGAGAUCCCACAGAGGAGCCAGGCUGUUGUAAGAAGGCAGUGUUGAACUUCUGUGGUUUGGAAAAGUUGAAUGCUCCCGCGCUGAGUGCUGAGGAGCAGGCUGAGCUGCAGAGGAAACUCACAGACACAUCAGAGAAGCCCCUGUGGAGGAAUGUGGUCAAUGCCAAUGGCAUUAUCCUCCUGUGUGUCUGUGUCUUCUUCCACGGUUUCUACGGUUAAACAUCUCCUCAUCCUGGACCUCCACUGCCUUAGAGUCUGGACUGUCUAAGCAUAAACUUGAGUAGUCUCAUCGUUCAACCCUGAAAUCCCACCCCAGACUCACAGGCCCAUGAUGCACUGUACAUAGCAAUCUCUCUUACACGCCCUCCCUCUAUCCAUCAUCUGGGGGCCUGAACUGGUUUAUCCACACCCCUGUAAUGUGGUCAAUGCUACGACCGCCUUGGCUUCAAGAAACCCUGCUCCAUACCUGUAUGACUGUCCUUGACACUAUAUGGGAGUCACAAAACUCCUUUGUUAGAUGUUCUUUGCUUUGUGGACUUUUACAUUUUGUGUAUGUACGAUGAAUGUGUAAUGAAGAUAGUAAUGAGGAUGAUGAUGUUGAUGGAGGAUCUGAAUAGGACUUAGUGUCCAAUGGUAUCCAAUGUUUAUU